AUGAAUUCAACGGCGUUCAAUGACAUGGACGGCGGUCUGUUUUACAACGAGAGUAGCGAGAGGUACUUAAGGUGCUGCAACUUGUCGUCGGUCGUCACGGACAACGGAUUCGUGGCAACUGCACUGGAUGAGAGAAGCAUCUUUAUUAUGCGCGUGGUGCAGAUUGCGGUCAUGUGCGUUCUCGCGCUCACUGUGGUCUUUGGCAUCUUCUUUUUGGGAUGCAACCUCCUCAUCAAAUCCGAGGGAAUGAUCAACUUUUUGGUAACGGAUAGAAGACCGUCUAAGGACGUAGAGGCUGUAAUUGUGGGAUCAUACUAA